AUGUUUCGUCAUGUGUACAAUCGUGUUCGUUUCAACUAUUUAGCUGCAACCGUCGACCAGCAACUAUUAUACUAUGGUGGAACCUAUGUCGGUAUACCACCGUCACUGGGACUAUCAACAGUUUCUGUUGAUCAAAUACGAAAGAGAGAAGGGUUUAUCGAAUGGCUUUCGUUAGCACAUCCACAUCGAAUUAAUAUCCAUCUCGAUAACAAUGAUUAUUUGCAUUUAUCCUUCGAUCCAGAAUUAGUUGUUUCUGAUGCACAAAUAUUUGAUACCCUACGACAUUAUUCCAAAAAUCCGAACAAUGACUCUUCAAAAUUCAUGGAAUCAGAAGCAGACAGUGUCCAUCCAACGCAGGGAUCAGAUAACAUCAUGUCAGGAGUUUUUUUGCAAAAGGAUUGCCUUCAAGAUCAAAUAUCUGACUUGCUAGCGAAGCAAAUACUUGGAAAAGAAACGUUGGUUAUCCCUGCGAAGACCCACAUCUAUAUUGAUACUGCUGCUCAUGAGUCACUUUGGCAAGGCGCUAGUCGUGGUAUUAUUCACAAAAUUAAACAUAAUUCUUUAGAUGAUCUAGAAGAAAAUCUUCGCAAAUUUGGAAGUGGAAUUAUUGUCGUUGACUCUCUUUACUCAGGAAAAGCUGCUCAUGAAUCUCUUUGGCAAGGUGCCAGUCGUGGUAUUAUUCACAAGAUCAAACAUAAUUCUCUAGAAGAUCUAGAACAAAAUCUUCGUAGAUUUGGCAGUGGAAUCAUUGUUGUCGAUUCUCUAUACUCAGCGAAAGGCUCGAUUGCCAAUUUGGUCCAAUUAUGUAAUCUCAAGGAGCGGUACGAUUGCCUGUUGGUAGUCGAUGAAUCUCACUCAAUUGGAUUGUACGGACCUCACGGUCGUGGUCUUGCAGCAAUGGCAAAUGUAACAGAUCGUAUUGACUUUAUUACAGGUAGUCUGGCUAAGGCAUAUUGUGUUCGUGCAGGAUUUAUUGCCGGUCGUUCUCAAGAAGUAUUAUACGUGAGAGAAAUAUCAUCACAGUCGAUAUUUAGCAGUGCACUUAUGACUUGGGAUUUGCAACGUCUUCGUCGUGCUAUUUCAAUCAUUUACAAUGCAGAUAGUAAACGUAAACGAUUAAUGGAUAUUGCAACAGCUGUACGUCACGCUGCAGUGAGCUUGAAAUUUGAUGUUGAACAAUCACCAUUUCCAAGUCCCAUUCUAUGUCUAAUUGGUGGACCAAAUGAAUUUUCGAAAAAACUUCAAAUUUACUUUGAGAACGAAGGAAUUUCAGGUGCCAUAUUCAUCGCACCUGCUACACCCGCUACUCGAUCUAUCUUGAGACUUACACUGCAUGCUGCUUUGUCAAAUGAGGAUGUUACACGAAUAAUUAGUACACUUGAAUUGAUUGCCCAAUCUCACCGUGCUGAUCUUCCGUACACAUUUUUAAAGUAUUAA